AUGGCCGACCGCCGCAAAUCCACGAUCCUCUUCCUCUUCCUUAUCCUCCUCAUCCUCCCUCUACUGGCCUCGGCCCUCGGCCGAAAAGUCGGGGGCCGAAGACCGGUCGAAAACGUGGAGGCCAACAAGGAGGUACAAAACCUGGGCAGGUACUGCGUCCGACAGUACAACCAUCAGCAGCAGGCGAAAGGCAACGGCAGCGCGUCCAGGCUGCUCGUGUUUUCCCGGGUGGUGGAGGCCGAGACCCAGGUGGUCUCCGGGAUCAAAUACUACCUCAAGAUCUCGGCUGCUCCGGCACACGGCCGCACGUUGACGCAGACUUUCGAGGCGGUCGUGGUGGUGAGGCCGUGGCUGGGUUCCAAGCAGUUGCUCGGAUUUAAGCCUUUGUCGCAUACUAAAAGCACCAAGUAG